AUGUGCAACCUCAAAGGCCUCGUUGUCAUCGCCGUCUUGGCUAUCACAGUCACAAUCACUGCUGCUGCUGCGAUAAGGCCCAGCAUUCAGCAGUCGGUCGAGACAGUCGUUGACAUCGUCACUGCCACCACCACUGUUCAGCCUCCUGCAACUCCCUCUAUCAAAUGCGAUCACCAGUGGUGCCAGGAUGGAGCUUCCAUGUGCGCCUACUGGGCUGGAGUUACAGGUUUUGACCCUUCUCGAGGCCCUAUUCCAGGAGAGACUGUCACUAACCUCGGUCCUUGCGCCAUUCCUACGGCCACCGCCGCCCAAGACAUUCUGCCGCGCAAGGUUGAGACCAACGAGAUGCUCAUCACUCCUGCCCCCACACUCGCUGUGGACUGCAGCUACAAGUUCUGCCAGGACAACACCUCCUACUGCAUGUAUUGGGCUGGCGUUACCGGUUGGGAUGUCUCACUUGGUGCGAUCCCUGGAAUGCAGCGUACCUCUCUUGGAAAAUGUGAAGCUCCUACUUCGACCUCUGUCAAUGAGUCUGGCAACAACCUCCCAAUACAGAGUGCUACUGUCAAUUCUAUCAAGGCCAGAGGCGCACUUUCCUUUUAG